GUAGUUUAUCUCCUAAACCUCAUCAGACUCUGACCCAGUUCUUGAAUGACUUUGGAGACCCAGAUGUUUCAGAAUGCACAUUCUGGAAGCCAAUGGCUACUUCCACCACUGACAAUUCUGCUGCUGUUUGCUUUUGCAGACAGGCAGACUGCAGAUCUUCUGAAGGCUGUGGUGAAACUUGAGCCCCCAUGGAUCCAGGUGCUCAAGGAAGACCUUGUGACACUGACAUGCGAAGGGACCCACAACCCUGGGAACUCCUCUACCCAGUGGUUCCACAACGGGAGCCCCAUCCCGAGCCAGGUCCAAGCCAGCUACACUUUUAAGGCCACAGUCAAUGACAGUGGAGAAUAUCAGUGCCGAAUGGAGCAGACCGGCCUCAGCGACCCUGUACAUCUGGGAGUGAUUUCUGACUGGCUGCUACUCCAGACCCCUCAACUGGUGUUUCUGGAAGGGGAAACCAUCAUGUUAAGGUGCCACAGCUGGAAGAACAAACAGCUGAACAGGAUCUUGUUCUUCCAGAAUGGAAAAGCUGUGAGGUUUCAUUAUCACAGUAAUAAUUUCUCUAUCCCAAAAGCCAACCACAGUCACAGUGGGGACUACUACUGCCAAGGAAGUCUAGGAAAGACACAGUACUCCUCCAAGCCUGUCACCAUCACUGUCCAAGGUCCAGCAACUAAAAAUCCCGUCUCUCUAGUCUGGUACCAUGUGGCUUUCUCCCUAGUGAUGUGCCUCCUGUUUGCAGUGGACACGGGUCUUUAUUUUCAUGUACGGAGAAAUCUUCAAACACCGGGGGAAUACUGGAGGAGAUCCCUGUCAGUCAGAAAGUACCAGGCUCCUCAGGACAAGUGACAUCCCAUCGAAUGGUGAAGCAGCAGUGGCAGCAGCAUCUUUUUUUGCCACACCGCGGCAUCUUCUACAGCCUUCCUUUUAAGGCAACUUACAAUCAGGCCAGAUAUUUGGUCCUGCAAUCACAACUGCUUAGGAGGCUGAGCAGAAGGAUCAAGGCCUGCCUGUGUUAUAUGUAGAUAGUGAGUGUAAGUCUAGCCUGGAUAACCCAGUGAGGGUUAUACAGGCUCAUCAGGUUAUGCUAAGCUCGAAAACGAGACCAGAGUUUGAUCCCUGCUACCCAUAUGGCCAAAGGAGAGAACAAAUUCCUGACAGUUGUCCUCUGACCCCACACACCCACCAUGGCAGGUGCACACAAUAAAUAAACUAAAAUGUAAUAUAUAUAUUUAAACAAGAGGCAGGGUCAGGCUGCAAGAGGGGGCUGGGUAGCAGAGCUGUUAUCCGGUACACAUGCUGCCCUGGGUUUAACCUCCUAUAAUAAAACAGAAAUCAGUGUGGGCUAAGGAUCUCCCUUUGGUGACUUCUUUGUUCAAAAUAAUUUAAGAGCUUUUCCUUGUACUUAGAAGGAAAUCGAGUGACUUUGCAGUGUUCUCCAGGAUGCUACCACAUGACCUUGUCCCUCUGAUCUCAUCUCCUUCUGCUUUUCUUUGCUUGUUUUUUGCUCAUUUUUGCUCUUCCUGGAACACAACAGCUAUACUUCCAUCGUCUGUCAGUCAUUUCCUGUUUCAGGGAUGUCCUUGCUUACAGGUUCCCAUAUCCUGUUUCUCGUCGCCUUUGUUUAAAUAUGACUCAUUCCAACAAAACUCAUACUGAAAGAAAAUUUUGAAAUAGGCCCAAACUAAUAAAAUAACAGGGCCCUGUGAUUCCUUUUCCUAACCUAAAUAGUUACAAAUGCCUGCCAGCAGGUUUGGGCCCAGUUAAUUAGUUACAGAAAAUAUAGAGUUAUAAGACCAAGGACGAAGGCCUGUUGAGCCUCCCAAAGACUUGGCCAGACACAUAGAUAAAAAGUAUACAAGGACAUCCUUAGAAGAACAGAGAUGUGUCCAAAUGAGUAAUGGGCCAUCUGGUGUUCCUCCAGACCCUUUCCCCCUCCCCUUGAGGUCUUCUCAAGGUCCAAGAAACUGCAAUUUAAGUUUACCUAGACUAGACACUAUAGAUAAGCUUCCACCUGUAGGAACUGCCCUCCGCCCCCUCGACUUGCACAGCUGCUGAUAUGAAGCAGCCAACUGUGUGUACCCGUGCGGAGGUGCCCCUUUUCUCCCCACUCCAUCCUUAUAAAAACUCUAAAACCUGGAGCCCAGGGGUCGUUCCCACUGUCUCUUGCAUGAGACGUGUUGGGCAGCCCAGAACGUUCUGUCAUUAAACCUCCUCGUGUGCUUGC